AUGCAAUUUUUGGGGGUCUCUGGAAAUAGAAAGGUCAUGCAGCUUGGAACCGGUGAGACAUUACAGUAUCUAAGUCAUCAGAGGAAUGAUGAAGAGGCUGUUGUUGAUAGAGGUGGAACUCGCUCCAUUCUCAAAACGCAUUUUGAAAAGGAAGAUCUAGAAGGCCAUCGAACAUUGUUCAUUGGAGUUCAUGUGCCACUGGGUGGACGAAAAAGUCACCGACGCCAUAGGCACCGUGGACAUAAACACAGAAAGAGAGACAGAGAGCGAGAUUCAGGAUUGGAAGAUGGGAGAGAGUCUCCUCCCUUUGAUACCCCAUCACAAAGGGUGCAGUUUAUUCUGGGAACAGAAGAUGAUGACGAGGAACACAUUCCUCAUGAUCUCUUUACUGAGCUUGAUGAAAUUUGUUGGCGUGAAGGAGAGGAUGCAGAGUGGAGGGAGACAGCAAGGUGGUUGAAGUUUGAAGAAGAUGUAGAGGAUGGUGGAGAGAGGUGGAGCAAACCAUAUGUUGCUACACUGUCACUUCAUAGCUUGUUUGAGCUGAGAAGCUGUAUCCUGAAUGGCACAGUUCUUUUGGACAUGAGAGCUAACUCCAUAGAAGAAAUUGCAGAUAUGAUUCUGGACCAGCAGGUGGGUUCUGGGCAGCUCAGUGAGGAUGUUCGUCACAGAGUGCAUGAGGCAUUACUGAAACAGCAUCACCAUCAGAACCAGAAGAAGCUGAGCAACCGGAUCCCAAUUGUGAGAUCCUUUGCUGAUAUUGGAAAGAAGCAGUCUGAGCCCCAUUCCAUGGAUAAAAAUGCAGGUCAGUUCGUUUCCCCACAGUCUGCUCCAGCCUGUAUUGAAAACAAAAAUGAUGUGAGCAGAGAAAACAGCACUGUUGAUUUUAGCAAGGUUGACCUACACUUUAUGAAGAAGAUACCACCUGGAGCUGAAGCAUCAAACAUCUUAGUUGGUGAACUGGAGUUCCUGGACCGUGCUGUUGUUGCUUUUGUUAGGUUAUCCCCUGCAGUGCUGCUUACAGGACUAGCUGAAGUUCCAAUUCCAACAAGAUUUUUGUUUAUUCUUCUUGGACCACUGGGUAAGGGGCAACAAUACCAUGAGAUUGGAAGAUCAAUUGGAACACUAAUGACAGAUGAGGUGUUCCAUGAUGUUGCUUACAAAGCAAAAGACCGCAAUGACUUGGUGUCGGGAAUUGAUGAGUUUCUUGAUCAAGUUACUGUUCUCCCCCCUGGAGAGUGGGACCCAACAAUUCGAAUAGAACCACCUAAAAAUGUUCCUUCUCAGGAGAAGCGUAAGAUCCCAGGAGUGCCAAAUGGGACUGCAGCCCAUGGGGACACAGAACAACCUGGAGGACACUCUGGACCAGAACUGCAACGCACUGGAAAAUUUUUCGGAGGAUUGAUUUUAGAUAUAAAAAGAAAAGCUCCCUUCUUCUGGAGUGACUUCAGGGAUGCUCUCAGUCUGCAGUGUCUGGCAUCUUUUUUGUUUCUCUACUGUGCUUGCAUGUCUCCUGUCAUCACAUUUGGUGGUCUGCUGGGAGAAGCAACUGAAGGUCGUAUAAGUGCAAUAGAAUCGCUGUUUGGAGCAUCCAUGACUGGAAUUGCCUACUCUCUCUUUGGUGGACAGCCUCUCACAAUACUUGGCAGCACAGGACCAGUUUUAGUGUUUGAGAAGAUCUUGUUCAAAUUUUGCAA